UAAAGGCAGCCAAAAGUGAGCCGGGCCUCUGCACACAGUCUGUACGUCACCAUAGCAACCCUUGUCAACCAGGAAGUCCUGUAGUGCUGGAGUGAGUAAGAGAGAGAGAGUGAGAGUGCAUGUGUCUGUCAGAAUGUGAGAGGGACUUAACAGAGGUGAAGCAGACGGGAGUAAAAACCAGUGUAGAGAGAAAAAACUGACUGAAAGCGGACAGAGAGAGGGAAGAAAGAACAGAAAGAGCAUUUUAUACAAAGCAGACCAAGCAGCUCUUUGGGAAUUGCGUGUGUUGUCUUGAGAAAUCUGUGUGUCACACACUUACACACCAACACAAACCGGCAGUGAGUCUGAGUGAUUACUGACCAGGAUCCCUGCAGAUGACAUGCAGUCUCAAAAAAGAGUGGAGGUGCAUGACCAUCUCAAUGGCUCGCGGAUCAUUUUCUCGGAUGAGGCUCUUCCCGGCAGUGGAUCAAGACAGCACUUCAUGGCUCCGAAUAUGACCCAGGAAGUAGUCGUAAUCUCUCCUGGUCUUCCUACACCUCCCUCAAGUCCGUUCCACAACAGUUCAGCCCCUGCAUCGUCACAGCACAAGGUCGCUGAGGUCAACGGAGGUGGAUUCACAACACACAGUUUCGGAUCCUACUAUGGGCUGACUCAGACAAAUGUUGAAUUAUCCGAUGGUGGGAUAUGGACCGGAGGUUCUGCCACUUUACCCAGGAUGUCUGGCACCCGAGAGGAGCGCUUAAUCAAGUUCUCUGGAAUAGGUCCUGUAGAUGAGACAGGCAUGCCAAUCGCAUCCCGAUCUAGCGUAAACAAGCCCAAGGACUGGUAUAGGAGCAUGUUUAGACAAAUCCACAAGAAACCAGAGGAGCCUGAGUUUCACUGGAGAGAAAGGAAGCUGUCAUCAUCUCCUCCCCCAGAUUCUGGCCAGCAGGACGGGCGCUCAGACCCCUUCACCCUCACCCCACACGGAGCCCUGCCCGACUGGGCUGAUCUGGGCGACACAGGGAAGCACCCAGAACCCAAGAGUAUUUUUGAAUUUGAGCCUGGAAAGGGAGCAGCAGUAGAGGAUCGUAGUCAGACUUUGAGGUCUGAGUCACAGCUGCCUUCAUAUCACAGCCCAGUGAAACCUCAAUCCCAAUCUCCAUCCAUAGAGGCGACGCUGGUGUCAGAGCUGAACCGUUUUGAGGCGGAGCUGGACUCAGACAUUCGUGGUCUGGAGAGGAAACUGUCACAGAAGCAGCAGCAGCGGCGAGGCAGGGGUGAGGGAUCUAAAGCCAACACUGCAACCACAAGAACAGAAGAGAACAGACAAGAAAACAGCUAUCCCGUAAUCCCCUGCUCUGCUGUAAAGCAGGGCACAACAGCGAGCUUCAUGCAUUCUGAUGAUCGCAUAACAUCACCAGACAUGGAUUUCCAACCUAAGAAAGAAGAGAGAAAGAUGAAAGCAGCGCGAGCGAAAUUUAAUUUCCAAGCACAGUCACCAAAGGAGCUGACCUUACAAAAAGGGGAUGUAGUGUACAUGCACCGGCAGGUGGACGCCAACUGGUAUGAAGGAGAGCAUCAUGGGAGAGUGGGAAUGUUUCCCACCAGCUAUGUGGAGAUUAUUCCUCCAACGGAGAAGCCCACGCCAAUAAAGUCUCCCACCAUCCAGGUGCUGGAGUACGGAGAGGCUGUAGCCCUGUUCAACUUCAAUGCCGACCUGCCUGUGGAGCUGUCCUUCAGAAAGGGCGAGGUGAUCGCCAUCACCAGACGUGUUGAUGAUCACUGGCUGGAGGGUCGUAUCGCCGGCACCAACCGCAGUGGAAUCUUCCCCAUUAACUACGUCCAGGUCAACAAAAUGCCCCGCACUAAAAGCAGUGAUGACUUUCCAUCUUCUCCCACUCUUACCCCAGAGACCCUCAGCCCUGGUCGACCACAGCACUCCCCUCUGUCUCCCUUGUUACGCUCCCCUGAACCCCAGCUUUCACCUCACAAACACUCCAGCCAGUCACGCUCCCCUCUGUCACAUGAACAGCUCACCUCCCCAAAACAGCCUUCAAACCGCUUCCAGUUCUCACCUGGCCCCACUUCAUCCACGAGCAACCGGACCAGAUCACUGCACCCUCACAGCCCACUGGAAAAGGACACCAGAUCACCCAUGUCUCCUUCCAAUCAUGUGCUGACAUCUUCACAGGGUCCGGGACUGCCAGCUCACACCAGCUCACACCCUCCGUACAUCACCCAGGAUGGGACCAGAACACUAUCUCCGCAGCCCAAUGCAGAUAUUAAGAUUCCUUCCACAUCACAGUCUCCUGUGAACAUGGGUUAUUCACGACAACCGUAUAAAGCAGUUUACAACUAUAAACCCCAGAACAGAGACGAGCUGGAAUUGAGAGAGGGAGACAUCGUUCAGGUCCUAGAGAAGUGUGAUGACGGCUGGUUUGUAGGUACGUCUGAAAGGACCCAAGCUUUUGGAACAUUCCCUGGCAACUAUGUGGCACCAUUUUAAGAGCUUCCACCAAUUCUCACUGACACUACAGGCUCAACCACUAAUCAAUGCACAAUACCGUCUGUCUGUACCACUGUACAGUAUAUACAAAACCACUGCCCUCUUCACACACACACACAUAUCAAAACGUCACAUCCUCCACUAAGCAUGUGCACUCUUCUGCUUACAGUAUCUCUCACAGAUGUUGGACACAGCUGGGUUUGACCACUCACGUGUAAUGAAGCCACACUACAUUAUGCUUGGAAGAUCCUUACAUUUAUUUAUAGUUUUCCACAAUGCUAUUGACAUUAUCUAAGAUGACUUACUCAAUUUUAACAUCUUUGUAAAGUUUACCUCCAUUUUGGUUUCAGAUUUGUAGCAACAUUGCCCUUGAACACUACAUAUCCUGAGGAUCUGGAUGUGAGACAUGGUUAAAACCGUCCGUCUUUUUUGAACGCUCAUCACAGUUGUCAUUGAUCGCCACAUCAUUUUAGAAACACAACCGCAGUUUUAGCAGUCAUUAUCAAGUGUCUGUAAGCGCUUAGUGCAGUUGUCUCCAAGUGUUUAAUCUGACGUUAAUUGUGUAACAAACCCAGCAUGCCAUUCUCUUAAGCUUUAGGACAGGGAAAGUGUUGCCACUUUUAAACUCUUUUGUAUGAGUCUCCUGCUUAGUGAAAAAUCAGUUAGGGUUUGAUUUUUUUUAUGGUGGGUUCCAGCCAGACUAGAUUAAGCAUGGUUUUUGACUCUAUAUGUGACCCUGGAACACAAAACCAGUCUUAAGUCGCUUGGGUAUAUUUGUAGAAAU